UAUAUAUAUAUAUAUAUAUAUAUUAUUUUAUAUAUAUAUAUAUAUAUAUAUAUAUUAUUUUAUAUAUUAUAUAUUUUUUUUUCUUUAUAAUAUUGUUUAUAUAUAUUAUUUUAUAUAUUGUAUAUGUUAUUUAUAUAUAUAUGAAACUGUUGUACCUUCAACAUACACGAUACAGCGUCAUAAAAUUUGCUUUUUUGUUUACAUUUUUAAAUAAAAUUCUAAACUUCCAAACUCUAAAUUCUGUGUUCGGUGUGUUUUUUUUUUUUUUUUUUGGAGAAUUAAAUUUUUAAACAUUUUAUUGGCACGAACCUAUGGACGGACGCUCAAGCGGAGACGUUGUCAUAGUAACAGUAAUCCUACGUCAUUUCCUCUCAUUUAAAAACCCUCGAGCCAUCAGUAGUAGAAGUGUAGCCUGAGGUAAAUAAGUGCCAAGAGAUGAUUGUUGCUCCCCCUUACCGUCACCAACUAAACUGAGGUCGACCUCCAUACCUCUAAACUGGACAAAGAGGGUGUUUAUGAAUUACAUCGGGCGUUUGGAUGGGAUGGCUGAGUCGAACAGCGCGAGUUUUCCUCACACGACACCGAACGGGUCCAGUCGCCAUGAGAAGAGUUUGGGUCUCCUCACAGUCAAGUUCGUUACCCUGCUUCAGGAGGCCAAAGAUGGAGUGCUCGAUCUUAAAGUGGCUGCAGACAGUUUGGCAGUCAAACAGAAGAGGAGAAUCUACGACAUCACCAAUGUUCUGGAAGGCAUUGGGCUCAUUGAAAAAAAGACCAAAAACACCAUUCAGUGGAAGGGGGAGAGUUCAGGCUGCCAGCCUCAGGAAGUUCUCGAGCAGGUGGAACUUCUCAAGGCAAAUAUUGCUGAUCUGGAGAUUCAAGAGAGAGAGCUGGACAUGCAAAAAGCAUGUCUGCAACAAAGUAUCAAACACCUGAAUGAAGACUCCUCCAGCUGCAGAUACAGCUAUGUGACACAUGAGGACAUAUGUGAUGCGUUCGGUGGGGAUACUCUUCUAGCUGUCAUGGCACCAUCAGGGACACAACUGGAGGUUCCAGUGCCGGAGAUGGGCCACAAUGGUCAGAAGAAAUACCAGGUGAACCUGCGAAGUCACUCAGCUCCCAUCCAGGUGAUGCUGAUAAACAGAGAGACGAGCUGCUCCAAGCCUGUUGUUGUCUCCGUUCCACCUCUAGACGACAUUUCUGCCAUGCCGACUCCUCCUAGUACCCCAGCAGGGCUGCAGAGAUUCCCCGUCUCCUCAGCCGAUCUCUGUGAUCUGAAGCGUGGGCCACUCAAAAGCCCCGCUGCAGAGCACCAACUCACUCCGUCCUCCACAUCCCCUGAUAUACACAUGGAAUGCAACCCUGAGUCUCCUGCCAGUCAGUGUUUGUUGAUGCAGGCCUCUUUAGGUGGUCCUGAAGAACAGCAGAGAGAAAUGGGGGGUCAGGAUCUGCAGUCCAUGCUGGAAGAAAUGAGGGAUGAGAGAGAAGGUGUUUCUAACCUCAUUGAUGAACUGAUGUCUUCAGAUGUUUUCCCCUUGCUAAGACUUUCACCAAACACUGGUGUGGAUUACAAUUUCAACCUUGAUGACAACGAGGGAGUCUGUGACCUUUUUGAUGUGCAGAUUCUUAAUUAUUAAAAAACAUGAUUCAUGCCACACCGGCUCACACUUGCAUUCACAGGACAAAAGCAAAGGUAAUGAGUGUCUCCCCCCCCCCCCCCCCCCCCCACUGCCAACGGCUGCAUUCCUGCCUCAGUGCCUGCUCCUUGAACCUUGGCUUGCACUCAGUUUCACAUUCAUUUACAUUUCAUCCUUAGCUUGAGUUGGCAAGUCUUUAACAGUGUUGUCCUGUCUGCCUUCAACCAUAACUUUUGUUUUAGAGGAAGGAGACAAGAAAAGAUAAACACCUCCCACCCCACCUGAACUUUAGACACACGUGUGUCAAUUGUUUUGUUUCAUACAGUCAGUUUGUUUUCAGUUUUGUUACUUCACUCAUUGUUCCUGAUGAGUGAUGGUGUAAUUCAUAGAGGUGAAUGGAGGGCAGUUUUGAAUGUAAUCUGAGAAAUUAAAACCACCCAAACAUGACACACUAAGUUUUGGCUGCACACUUGUUGGAACGUGCCUUAAGAUGAUCUUUUUGUUCUUUGUUUUUGCCCUUUCUGUGUCUUAUUCUUUAUGAUACUUUAUAAAAAGUUCUAACUUUUUCUUAUUACCACAUAUUGUAUGCAGGAGCUCUACAAUGUGACAUAAAAAUGUAUAAUAUAAUUUAACAGCUCACACAAAGACAUUUGAGUGGCUUGAUUAUUUGUGUGUCUAACUAUUUAAUCACAACACUAAUUAUUUGUAUGUUGGUUGGUUUUGUAGUAUAUUGAUAGAAACACUGAAACUCAACCGUGCAUAUUUAUGAGUUUUUUUUUUUUUUUUCAACCUGACAUGUUGUUCACCAUGUUGUGAAAUGCUAAUUAGUUUUUUGUAUUUGUGUAGAGGCAAUCUUACCUAAUUUAAAAGAGGAAUGAAUAUAAUUUGUACUGUAGUGUUCUUGGUUUAGAAGACAUAAAGAUGUUAAACUGCCUUGGAUAAUCUUUGUUUAUACAUUCCACAAAAUUGGGCCUUAUGCAGGUUUUUUCUGUUAUUGUAAGUAACUUUAUUUUCUCUGUAUAGGUUUUCUAAUCAAAAGAGCAAUAUUUUUGUUCUGUUGCACUUUUUUUUUUUUUUUUUUUUUUAACCAAAGUUUUAUAUAUGUAUAUCUAUAUAUAAAAAAACAUUUGCUUUUGCUCAAGUAUUGUGAUUAUUUGUUUUGUUUGGAAUCCUGUCUUGAAGUAACGUAUUUUAACGUAACGUACAUGAAGCAUUCUUCUGGGUUGUUUCAAAAUCUAUCCAUCAGAUCCACAGUUUUGAUUUCACUCAACUUACAGAAAUUGUAAUGCUCUUUUUAAAGAUUGUGGCCUUAACAAACCAGAAAAGGUAGCAAAAGCAUACCCCAAAAAUAAAAAACACUUUUAUUAGCUGUUUAACCCUAUGAACUAUGUAAACCUAAACUAUAACCCUCUACAAAAAUGGUAAAUCUUUAAUGAUUUUGUAAAGAAAACACACAAAUACUAUUGAAAUUAUAUGUAUUAUUUCAAGAUAAACAUCUACUAGACUGAAGCAAGUUAUGUUUACUUAUCCAUACAUUUUUUUUAUUUUUUUUUUUUUAUAUAUAUUAAAUAUCAACAGGCACAACUGAAAUGACAGAGCAUUGAUCAUAAAAAUAAGCAUUAAAAUAUCUUUAGAUGUUAGUGGUCUACUAUAACUUUAAAAAAAUCUCAUUGAUUUACAUUACAAGCUGUCAUAAUUUUUAUCAUACUUUUUGGUCAUACAAAUAACAUCCGCACCAUCUUUUGCACAGUUUGGACCUCUGAAUAAAAGUGAUGUUUUUUCCUCCUUGAGUUUGAGUUCCAUUUAUCAUGUUGUGGGCCACAAAAGCAUGAUUUCAGUGCAUCUGCUUCUGUACGUAGGCCUAUGGUGAAAGAUUCCAUGUGUUUAAUUUCAAAGGUUUGUUUGGAUUGUGCAGCUGGAGUUGAUAAUACAAAUGCUAUGUCACCUUGUGACCCAUAGGAACUGGCCAUGAUUGCUCUAGAUUGCUGCUCUGGUUUUCCUUAAAUUCUUUAGAACAUUUUUGAAUAUUUUGAAAUUAGACACUUCUGUAAAAGAAUGGAAUGGAAACAUUAAACAAUGGAAAAUGUGAAAGAAAAGAAAAAAACUAUGCAUAUGCACAAUAUUACUGCCAAAUGAAAAACAAAGAAACAUUAUUUUAUGUUAAUGCUAGGUCCAUAAAGCGUUGUAUUAUGUAGUUAUGAAGUCUUAUGAAAAAUCAUAUUCUUUAUAUAAAAAAGGGGGGUUAAGAACUUUUUUUUCUUUAGACCUAAUCUUUGCUCUGAUAUUCAUCCACGGAGUAUUUCUUUUCUUUAUUUUGGAAUACUGGAGUACUCUAUUCUGAUUGGUCACUCGGAGCAUAUAGUGGUCUGAUAUUCCUCUUCCUGUCAGCGAUUUUUUGUUUAUUUAUUUAUUUAUUUUU